AUGUCAAAAACACAAGCAAUUUAAUUUUAAGGUGAUUUGUAACCACAAUAUACAAAUAAAACAAAAUGGGGAGUACUGUUUGCAUUUUGUUAUCUAGCGUAAUAUUUUAUAAUAAUUUUAGUUUUUCCAAUGUUCUUGGUUUUGUAAGCUAUUCCCCUAUUUCUAAUAAUGCCGCAAACUACUAUUAAAUAUCACUUAAUGAUCUCUUUUGGAUUGGCAAUAUGUACUAUAUCACAUUCUUUAUUUUUGGUCCACUCUUUAUUCCAUUAUUAGAAAAGAGAUUGGACCUUUGUUUGAAAUUAGCCUCAAUUCUAACAACACUAGGAACUUGGAUUGUUUGGGUAGCCUAAUCUAAUUAUGUUGUCUGUCUAAUUGGCUACUUCUUUGUGGGAAUUAGUGAAGCAUUCUAUUUAGGUGUACCAGUUUGUAUGUUUUAUUAUAAUUUAUUUAAAAAAAGAUUUAUCAGAAGUCUGGUUUACUGCUUAUGAUAGAACAUUGGCAACAUGUUUUGGUAGUUAUGCUACUUUAUCAGGUAUCAUGAUUUCAUACACAUAUUCAUCCUUUUAUUUCUUUGGUAUUGAAGAAUAACAUGUUGUAGAUGAUAAAAUCAAUAAUUUAAAUUUAAUUAUAGCAAUUCUUAAUUCACUUUCAAUUCCAAUUUGUUUUAUUUUGAUCAAAUAUAAGAAUUAAUUAGGUAAACUAACAGAGGUAUUCAAUUUAUAAUUUUAUUAAGGAAAAUAAUAAAUUCUUUUCAUAAUUUUUCAAUAUAUUUUAGAAAGAGGAAUUUUUUCUUGAUCUUUUAGCAUUUUCAAUAUUUAUUGGAAUUUCAUGGGUUUAUAUUUCUGUAAUAUCAUUAUAAUUAUAUAUUUUUGGAUUUACAUAAUUGGAAGUUGGAAUAACUGGUAUCUUUUUUACUGGAUCAGGAAUUUUGGCAGGGAUUUGGUGUUCAUUUAAAUUAGAUUAAGAAGCUAAAUAAGGUAAACAACCAAAUUAUGAUAUUUUCAUAAAAAUAACUACUUUAAUUGGAUUCUUUGCUAUUCUUCUUGAAGCUUUUACAAUAUAAUAUUUAUCUAUUUGGGCAUUAAUUUUAUUAAAUAUUUUCAAUGGUAUUGGUUUAAAUGUAAUUUAUCCAUUAGCUAUUGAAGCAUUUGUUGAAAAAUUAUAUCCAAUAAAAUCUUUGAUUGUAGCUACAUGGGUAUUUGGAUUUGCAAAUGUAUUAAAACACAUCUAUAUUAGUUAUUAGGGUUUGCUCUUAAUUAUCUUUUAAUCUUGCCAGUAAUUAUGGAAUAUGGUCUUUGGCUGACUUUAGCUAUUCUAACACCAUUUGAAUUAUAUUUUAUUCUCUUUUAUAAAUCAAGAUAUCGUAGAUUUGAGUUAUCUAAUUGA